AACCAAAUAAGGAAAUGACGUCCUCCGCGUGCAGAAGAUGGUCUCAAAUAGAGAACCGAGGGUCGGACCUCGGACCGGGUGAGUGAGAGGCGGAGGAGGCUGUGGAACGAACUGCGGACUCCAGAACAGGAUGGGUGACAUAGUAGAGGAUGAGGCCACCUUCUACUCCAAUGCAGAGGACUACUGGAGGGACAUUCCCCCCACAGUGGACGGCAUGCUGGGAGGCUAUGGUGGCAUCUCCAGCAUCGAUAUCAAUGGAUCCAAGGCUUUUCUUCAGAAGUUCAUUGGUGAAGGAGAAGGGAAGACGGGGACAAGCUGUGCUCUGGACUGUGGAGCAGGCAUCGGCAGGAUCACCAAGCGUCUACUGCUUCCACUGUUCAAGACCGUGGACCUGGUGGAUGUGACCCAGGAGUUCCUGGACAAAGCCAAGGUGUACCUUGGGGAGGAAAGCAAGAGAGUGGGGAACUACUACUGUAGUGGCCUGCAGGACUUUUUACCAGAGACUGGACGCUAUGAUGUGAUCUGGAUCCAGUGGGUCAUUGGUCACCUGACUGACAGCCAUCUGGUGGACUUCCUGCAGCGCUGCCAGAAAGCACUACGGCCAAAUGGCAUAGUUGUCAUCAAGGACAAUGUGUCUUAUGAAGGAGUGGUUCCUGACGAGGUGGACAGCAGCAUCUGCAGAGACCUGGAAAUAGUCCGCAAUCUGGUGGGCAAAGCAGGUCUGCGCAUUGUGCAUGAAGAGCAACAAAUGAACUUCCCAAAGGAGAUCUACCAAGUGCACACGCUGGCACUCAGAUAGGGAAAAGGAGCAGAGUAUUUUGAACAUCCAAAUAAUGUUUUUUCUAGUCAGCAAUCAAUUUAAUGACUGUUUUGGAAAUGAUAUGAAGCGUGUUCAGUGUCAGUAUCACUGUUGGGUUGGUGCUGGGUUAGGUGGCCUAACAGUAUGGUCACAUGACACUUGUGUGUUGAAAACACUUCCUCCCCUCACAUCAAAUGAAGCACAAUAAUGUGUUUAGUGUUUCUGUAUCGUCACUAGGCAGCUUCAGGACUCACAGUUCACACAGUCAUUAUUACAGUGCGUCACCACCCUGUUCAGUACAUUACACCCCAGACCCAAAACUACAGCCUUUCUCAGACUUUACAAUGUGUGAUCCCUGCAGUCAAUGUUAAUUUAUUAUCUACAUCAAAUCUGUGAUGCUGCUUUUUUCAAUGAGCAGGAUGCUAAUGCGACUCUCCUGUUCUCUACUGGAUGCAGCAACAUCAUAUUCUGGUUCUGCAACUCAAAUGUUAAAUGGAAAUGAUUAAGAAGUAGAGCAUCCUCAGGAGAUGCAUUUCCAUUGAUGACCCGUUUUGUUUUUACAUGUAGGAGACCUUGUAUUUACAAGUGCAACACAAGGGUGAGUGUGAUGGCAGAUACUCUGUGGUUCUACUCAAGUUGUAAUGACUGUAUGUCAUCUCAUAUCUCAUGUUUCAUAACUGUUUUUUUAACAGAAGGAAGUCUGCAGCACAAAUGACUGAAUAAUCCUUCACAAAAUUACUGACUUGUUCAUUGAGAUUCAGUACAGCAUUUAGUGUGGCAGCUGCAUGCAGUGAAAGACAGAAACUACACCAGCGGAUGGAGUGGUGAUGUUGUGUACCUCAGGGAAGACAAAAGAUAAAGGACAACAAACAAGGACACAUGUUUCUUUUCACCUAUUUUUCUGGUAUGUUCAUGUGUAAAGUUUGUCUGGGCUCUUCAUUAAAUGCUUAUGUUGGUAA